GUGACGCGUCGUAGACGAUAGUUCUUAAACAGAAAUGGAACAAAUAAUGCAAUUUAAUUUGGACAACAUAGAUGAGAAUAAACCUAUGUUUACCGCGUGUGAUACAAAAGCGACGACGGCGGAUAAUUUCGGUCCAACUGAUAAGAUUAAAACUGAUGACAGCCCAUUUUCACCAUUAGCCGCGCCGUUUCAGAGUAGAAUUGGUAAUGAUUUGAUUAACUUGAUUAAUCAACAGGAACCGAACAUAGGGGAUACAGCACCACCGACAUCGGAAAUUGAUGACUUGUUGUUAAAUCAUCGAACAUCUACGACUGGACGUACAGACGGUCUGUAUGACGACUUAGAGCAAGGACAACAUAAUUUUUACAUGGGAGGAAACAGACCAGACUCGGGGUCGUCGGCAAAUUCUAAUAUAUUUUCGGAGGGGUCUGGCAUCCCCGGGAGAAAUAGUGAAAUGGUUGACAUUUUUGAUUUUCUUAUAAAAAGCUUGUCUUCAGCCAACUACUACGUGUCGAUGCUGACGCGGGAACAGUUGGCGGUGCUCCGUUCUGUACGACCCAGCCUCCUGUACGAAUUUUUACUAGAAAUUGCUAAAGUCAGAAGCGACAAAUUUCUACGACGCGCGCUACCUAACGAAUGUGCCUUCUGCAAGAACAACGGCGAAAACGAAGAAUACUAUUCCUCCCACGUUCUUAAGGACUGGCGCGGGCGCGUAUUGUGCCCAGUUUUGCGCGCGUUCCGCUGCCCGCGGUGCGGCGCCACAGGCGACCGCGCGCACACCAUCAAAUACUGCCCAGAGAGUUCUGAUGGCGGUAUAGAAAGGUCGGGAAGCCUGCUGUCCCGUCGCCGCAUGCAGUCUGCAUCUCCGUUGACGCUCGGUGGCGGCAACCGCAACAUGCAGGGAGCCCCUUCAACGCCGGUCACAUCACCUUCGCCAGCGACGGCCAACCUCAAUAAUAACAACAAUUGGUGGACCAACUUUGGCAUCAAUUAACGUAAAAAUGGGUUAUUGUAGUAAUCAGUGGUUAUGCACACUGAUAACUAAUAUGUAAGAAGGUAUCUAGAUAUCUACUAUAUUGAGUGACUUAUUUAGUAAAUUUAAUUUAAUCGCUAUAAUUUUCUCCUUCCGAUUCGAAGCAAACUGUUCACUUUACUACUUUAUGUAGAAAAGUAAACUAAGAAAAUGGCCAUUCCUUACUUGUUCAAAUGUUAGUAUGCGGGUCAUACUUUCUUUGAAGAAGUCGCAAUGAGGCCGAUUCGGAGUUAAACUUAAUUUAGUGGAUUUUUCAUUGGGCUUAAAUCUUAUAUCAUUCAAUUUGUAUCUCCGUUUUAACAUUUUGUAUUAUGUUUUAUACUGUCGUAGUUCGUAUAUUAAAUACAAUAAAAAUUAUUGCAAUCCAAAAUUUCAAUAAAUUUAUUGUCUAUGAAUUUGUAAUAAUAUUAAUUCGAAUCAAUAAGCCAAUCAUUCAUCUCAUCAAUUGUUUUAACUUUUUCAAAUUAUGAUUGAAUAUGUACCGAAAUUAUUGUACCAAUGAAAAUUCGAAUUCUUACUG